UUGUAUUUACAUACUAAAAUUGUAACAUGAAGGGCCCUGUGCUACAGCAGCCACAAAGUAGCACAGCUACUCACCUUCACAACAACACAGCUGUAGCUUUCCCUCCUCAACCUGUUCUAGUUCUUCAAAUAGCAAAUGAGUUCAAAAGUUAAAGAAUCCCAGGUUCACAACCUUUUCUGCAUGGAGUUUACAUGUUCUCCCUGUGUGUGACACUUAAUUGACCUGUGAAUGUGAGAGUGAAUGGUUGUUUAUGGUUGCGAUGGACUGGUGACCUUUGUGACCUGUCAGCUGGGAAUGGCUCCAGCAGACAUGAAUGAAUGAAUGAAUGUCAGCUGAUAUAAAUGUAACUGGGUAAAAAAAAGGGCAUAUGAUAUAACUUCAUAUUAAUCACAGAAUCAUUUUGAGAUUAUUUCUGACAGAUUCUGUGAAAGUGCGUAAUACUGUAUCGUCAAAAGAAAUGAUACCAUAACUGCUGACUACAGGAGAUUAUCAAAGUCUGUGCGUGUACUAUCACCCGGAGCAUUCAUACAACAUUAGGUCAUUCUCGUAAUCUAAACAUAAAGUGAGACAUGCACCAGCAGCCAUAAAUGUAACAUAGUUUCCUGAGUUAAGUAUGGACUUUAAGCCGACUUUUACUGAUAAGGACUCGUGAAGCUUGGUUGUUGUAAAGGCUUCACUCCAAUAAUUCAGUCAUAUGCUCUUAAUGAGGAAGUUAGCUGAGGUGACAGUCCUGAGAAAAUCCCAAAUUCUUGAAGCAUGACUUUGUGUCAUGUUUAUUUAGACAUGAAGCAAAUAUUGGUUCUGUCAGUGUUGUUGGUCACUGUGUCUGCUUGUGUGGACGGCGAGUUCAAAUGCACGUCUGGAGAAUGCCUUUCCACCCAAGUGGUCGGUGAUUUUAAGAGGGAUUGUAAAGAUGGCUCUGGCGAGGAAUUAUGUGAUUGUGACUUUGAGCUCCACACCUGCGGUUGGAAAGAUGCCUCGAAUGAGUGGACACGGCAGAUGGUAAACAUGACCGGGAUACCUGGACAGGACCACACUACAGGAACCCCUUGGGGACAUGUCAUGCAUACAAAUAAAAGUGGUUUCCAGCCAGUUGAUUUGGAAUACUCUGUUGAUACACACACAGCGCUGGCAUGUCAGAUCAGCUUCUGGUACUACAUUAAUAUGGACAGACCAUCAUCAUUUCCACGCCUUCAACUAAAAAUGACCAGCAACACUACUGAGAGAAUGUUGCUGGAGAUUCCUUCUAGUACAAUAAAGAGUUGGCAAAAGGACUCGGCCUUUAUCGGUAACCAGCCAGGAGGAUUCAAGCUGCUGUUUUCAUUCACACCUGCCAUAUUUGAUUCUGAGGGCAUUAUGCUGGAUGACAUCAGCUUUGAAAACUGUGGAGAGGGUGAUGUCCCUGCAGGAUCAGACCAACUCUCAUGUGAUUUUGAAAUGGACACAUGUUCCUGGUACCAUGACUACACUGCCAGGCUUUUGUGGGACCGGAGUGCGAGGAAAUUUCAAGAUGAAACUAAGAAGAAUUACUGCAUGCUCAUCGAAGCUGCAGACAAACAUAUCUCAGCCAGACUCGUCAGCUUCCCUCGCCCUGCAGGUCAAGAGCUGUGUGUAAGCUUCUGGUACCACAUAUUUGGAAACAGUGUUGGUUCCCUGAAAUUCAUAACGAAGCACCCAGGUGAGCCAGAGACAGUUGUUUGGAUGAGGACUGGCACCCAGGGAAACAAAUGGCGAUUUGCUGAUCUUUCCUUCAACAGUGACAAGCCAAUACAGUUUAUUAUAGAAGCUGUUGCGAGUGGUAUCCAAGGCAGCAUAGCCAUCGACGACAUAGUGGUGUACAGCGCUGCAAAUGGUUCUUGUCUGCCUGAGAAAGAGUGCACCUUCCAGGGUUCCCUCUGUGGUUUCCAGCCUCAACCAUCUCUUACCUGGGACCGGAUCAGGGGGACGUCUCUACCAGCCAACUCAUCUGGCCCAUACACAGAUCACACUCUGGGGACAGAGCAAGGUUAUUACUUGAGUGCCCAGUUGCGGCGUCACCCUGUUGGGUCUACAAGCACGAUCAUGACAGCAGUCAUGGAGCCCACUCCUCUUGAUGGGGAAUGUCUAAUUUUCUGGUACUACAUGGAGGGAAGUGGAGUGGGUGAACUCACUGUGUACCUUCAGACACUGGACAGUGACAAAAAUCCUCAGAAGCUCUGGCACAGAAGUGAAGAUCAGGGAAGACACUGGAGACAUGGAAGAGUAACACUUCUCAGCCCGGGAACCUCAUAUCAGGUAAUUUUUGAAGCAACUGCUGGGGAUGAACCGAGGAGCGAUAUCGCCAUUGAUGACCUCACUGUCCUGAAUGGUGCCUGUCCCGAAGAAGGUUUUUGUGACUUUGAGAUGGACUUGUGUGGUUGGGUGAACAAUCCUCCAGUAGAGUCUGGAAUGGAGUGGGAUUGGCUCUCACCCCACAGUGAAAGACAAUUAAUCCCAGACAGGGACCACACCACAGACUCAUCUUUGGGCCACUUUGUGUCAUUUCAUGGCUCUAAGGUAAAUGAACUUGCCCGACUUGAGAGUGAGAGGAUGAUGGCUGUGGACAGAGCUUGCCUGGAGCUCUGGCACUACUCAGGCGGAUGGUCAACUGACAGGCCCUCUUCCAUAACACUGACAGUUUUUGUAAAGGAUUCUGUUGGACUGCAUGCUGUGUGGAACACAACAGGGUACAUGAAUAAAACAUGGAUCCAAGGCAGGGUGGAUUACAGCGCAUCAGAGCCUCACCAGAUUAUUUUACAAGCCAACUCUUCUACCACAUUGGAAGAAUGCUUUGCCCUGGACGAUGUCCACAUCAUGAGGAACAGGGCUUGCGAUUACAUCAUCCCAACCACCACUUCAGCCCCUGCCACAACAAUCACCCCUGCUCCUGCCACUGCCAUGGAUUGUGCCUUUGAACAAGGUCUGUGUAAUUGGGUCCAAGAGGACAGUGAUGAUUUAAAGUGGACUCUCAGCAAUGGACUUCAUGUGGACCAACCAUGGGAUGGACCUCAGUAUGACCAUACUGUUGGAAAUAAUCAAGGUGUCUUUUUGCUGUUGAAUGGCACAAGAUCAGAGAAUGGCGGGAGAGCAGUCAUCUCCGUUCCUGCUGUCAAUGUUAAAUCAUAUGUCUGUGUUGGAUUCUGGUACUAUAUGCUUGGGCCUUCUGUAUCCACGCUGGACCUGCUGGUUCAGACAAAAUCCUCCGAAGUGUUAGUCUGGACUCGCAGAGGGACCCAGAAUCCAGAGUGGAUGAACGCACAAGUAACCAUCAGCGGGAAUGAUAUCACAAAGAUGAUGUUUGUUGGCCGAAGAAAGAACGACAGCCAAGGAUUCAUCGCCAUUGAUGAUAUUAGAGUGAAAGACGGGGCCUGCAGUGAUCAGAAUGUGUGCGCAUUCGAGUCCAGCUUGUGUGGUUUUGAGAACGAUGUCAGUCAUUUUGGUCACUGGUAUCGCAAAAAGGGAACAAAACAUCAUGUGGAUCACACCUAUGGAACUGAAAAUGGUUUCUACAUGAGUGCGAUGGUAACAAACAAAGUGGCUCAGCUGCUCACACCAGAGAUCUCAUCAGAUACAGAGAUGUGUGUACGUUUCUGGUACUGGUUGCCUGCAGGUUCCUCUAACAGCCUAGCUGUCCAUGUGCUGCAGAGUGGCUUGCAAGGUGAAGCGCUUUGGCAACGGUCUGGCGCAUCUUUCACAGACUGGGAGGUGGCAGAGGUCACUGUGUCCUCCCCAGUGAAAUUUCGUGUGGGAUUUACAGCUGUCCAAGUGCCAGGCACCAACCCUACAGCAAAACUCGAUGAUAUUUCUCUGAGGGAUGGGGCCUGCACCCCUCCAGGUAGCUGUGACUUUGAGUCUGGACAGUGCAGCUGGAUCAAUGUGCCGAAAGAAGGUGGACAUGACUGGUUCCUGGCCAGCGGGGGUUCCCAUGGCCCACCUACAGACCAUACCACUCAAACUUCACAGGGUGGUUUUCUGCUGAGCUCAUCACUUCACCUAAACAGUUUAGCACAAUUGGUGUCAGAAUGGAUCCAACUGACAGACACAGCCCACUGUCUCAGCCUAUGGUACUAUAUGGAGAGCAGUGAUUCUGGAACAUUGCGGGUCUACUUGCGUUCAGGUCCAUCCGACCAGGAUCAGCUGUUCCGCGGUAACAGCAGCGGACACAGCUGGAGCAGGUUCUCCACCUCUGUGAACAGGAUCAAACCUUUUCAGCUGCUGAUCGAAGCAGAGGCUACUAAUAUGGGAUUUAUUGCGAUUGAUGACAUCAGUCUCACACCGGGUCUUUGUCAAGUGAAUGAAACAAGUUCAGGAUUUGGUGGUUGCUCAUUUGAAAGUGGCACAUGUGAUUGGGAGGACACCAGUGAUGGCCAGUUACAGUGGGUGAGAGGGAGGAAUGCAACUGGGAACACUGGACCCCAAGUUGACAACACACUGGGCACUGAACUGGGUUGGUACAUGGCAGUGGAGCCUGACCGAGGAGAUCAGAUAAGCCCUGCAGCUCUGCAGAGUCCCGCAAUGAAAGACGCCAGUGCCACCUGCGCCCUUCACUUUUUCUACAACUUAUAUGGCGAUGACAUAAAAGAACUGAAUGUGGUGCUAAGGGUGGGUUCCAGGUCCACCGCUCUGUGGUGGCUGUCGGGCAGCCAAGGAGAUCUGUGGCAACAUAGCGAGGUGACAGUUGGCAGAGUCCCUCAGGAUUUCGAGAUCCUCUUUACAGCCACCAGGACCUUCAACAAACCUGGACACUUGGCUAUAGAUGACAUAGACUUCAGGAACUGCACUCUACCUGAGCCGCAACCGCUGUGUCCAGAGAACAUGUUCGUGUGCAACAACAGAGUGUGUGUUGAGCACAGCAAUGUGUGUGACUUCAGUGAUGACUGUGGGGAUUGGUCUGAUGAGAUCAACUGUGAGCAACAUGGCGUGGUGGAGCGCUGCAGCUUCAACAUGGGCCUGUGUUCCUGGACACAGAGCGAUGUGGACACACCUGGAGACGAGUGGAAAGUUGGCCAAGGACUGAACAUGUGGCCCAACCACGGACCUCCCAGGGAUCACACCCAAAACUCUGCUGCAGGUUUUUAUAUUAUACCCGCGACUCACCUGACCAUGAAGGGUCAGACAUCAGAGAUUCUGUCCAAAACUUUACUGCCUGGCUUGAACUGCAGCGUUAGAUUCUUCUACUUCAGCCUGGAUGGUGAUGCUGCAGCCAGACUAACAGUCCUGUCCAGGACACUGGGGUCUGGUAGUGGCGACACUCUUUUAUGGCUCAGGGAAAACUCACAGAACUACAGCUGGCAGAGAGCCGAUGUCAUGUUCUCUUCAUCGGCCAACAGUAAGAUUGUCUUCAGAUAUGAGCAUGGGGACGCCCGCAGAGGCCUGGUUGCAGUGGACGACAUAUCUUUCUCCAAAGAGUGUGAAUUUGAUCCUGAGAACAACAAGCUCCCCGACACAGUGCCCACCUCUCUGCCAUCCACGUCUUUCGCCACCACCUCUACUACACAAGUCAAACCCUGUCAGGAUAAUGAGUUGUUUUGUUGGGCAUCGACUGGAGAAGAGUGUAUCCUGGCAACCCUGCAGUGUGAUUAUCAUUCAGACUGCCCCCAGGGGGAGGACGAGGACGGCUGUGGUGCGUGCUCAUUUGAGAACAAUCAGUGCCAAUGGACUGACAUCAGUGAGGGAGAGAGCAAGUGGCAGCGAGACAAAGCAAGUGACGCCACUGAGCCACCCACCGACCACACUACACACACAGGCUACUACAUGAGAGUGAAUGUCAGUCAAGCGUCCACACAGGGUGAGGCCCGCCUCCAGAGUCCUCAACUCUCACCAUCAUCCCACUACUGCCAAAUUAUGUUUCACUUCCACAUCAGUGCAGAGAAUACUGGGUCACUCAGAGUGCUUAUGCAGCAAGCUGGAGGGAGUGAAGCAAUCCUGUGGUCACGUAGUCACAACACUGUCUCCGAUUGGUCUGCCGAGACUCUGCUUCUGGGCCUGCACCAGCAGCCUUAUAAGGUUUUGUUAAGUAGCACAAAUAAACCAACACGGGGUGCCGUGAACACUGGAGGUCAGGUUUUUGCUGUGGAUGAUAUCUCUUUUCUGAACUGUGAAAAAUACUAUCAACCACCAGCUCUGUCUGCAUAUGGCUGUUCUUUUGAGGAUGGUCUGUGCGUUUGGAUUCAGGGGGCUGAGGAUGAGUUGGACUGGCUCAGCAUGUCCGGUCCCACUGAAGCCAACAACACCGGGCCUACAGGAGACCACACCACUGGCAAAGGGAAGUAUCUAUAUAUCAAGAGUUCCCCUCCAAGUGUUAAUGGGCACAUGGCCCAGCUGAAGUCCUUACCACUGCCACCUGCUGGAGAAACAGGAUACUGUCUGACAUUCUGGUACCACAUGUUUGGAGCUACUGUGGGCUCUUUGAGGAUACUUCUACAGACAGCUGAUCCAAUGAACAAAACACUGGUAUGGCAAAAAUCAAGAAAUCAAGGGGAUGAGUGGCUGCUGGUGCAGAGUCAUGUGAUGCUACAGGAAGUCCACCAAGUGGUUCUGGAGGCUACAGUUGGCGGAGAAGCAGGAGACAUCGCAAUCGAUGACAUCUCCUUUAUCAGUGGACACUGUCCUGUGUCUGAUCUGUGUGACUUUGAGGAGGGGACUUGUAACUGGCAGCAGCACACCACUGACGACUUUGACUGGAUCAGAGAGUCGGGCUCCACGCACAACCCAAACACGGGACCAGACACGGACCACACCACCAACACACCCACGGGCCAUUACUACUGCCUGCCCUCCUCUGCUGCUGACCGCGCUGGCCAGACCGCUGCUAUGUCGUCACCUCUCUUCCCCACAGAAAAAGGAGCCUGUGUUCAGCUGUGGUACCACAUGUAUGGCAAAGGCAUGGGGACGCUCAAUGUUUACCAGCAGAGCGAAGAUGGGAAGGAGGCUCUGAUUUUCUCUCAGACAGGAGACCAUGGCAAGCUGUGGAGGUUCGCUCAGGCUUCACUUCUGCCUCGGGUUCAGCCGUACAAGAUUGUGGUGGAGGGCGUGAAAGCCGGCCCCACUCAGGAGGGAGACAUGGCUUUUGACGACAUACAUCUGACGGACGCUCGAUGUCCUCCUCCUGGAUUUUGUGACUUUGAGACAAACACGUGUGGCUGGAGCAACCUGGGCGGAGGAGUGGACCAGGGCGACUGGCUCCGCGGCACAGGGGCCUCUACAAUCCCAAACGCUGGACCCAGCACUGAUCACACCACCAACUCAACACAUGGUCACUAUCUGUAUGUGGACAGCUCAGUGGGUGAGUGGGGAGACAUGUCCUUCCUUGUCAGUGAAGUGUUCCAGCCGUCCACCAGAGGGCACUGUCUCACCUUCUGGUACCACAUGUAUGGCAACCAUGUUGGGACUCUCAGAGUUUUCAUAAAUGACAGACAAAUGCACACGGGUGGAAAUGAAGAAGGGAUGCUGAUUUGGAUUGAGACAGGAAACCGGGGAGAUGAGUGGAAGACGGCCACUGUGUCUUUCAAACAUGAAACAGCGUUCUGGUUGGUGUUUGUGUAUCAGAGGGGGGUGAAUCCAGGUGGGGAUGUUUCUCUUGAUGACAUUACCGUCUUCCCUAGCAGCUGCUACUCAGAUCCCCCUCCUGAGGAUAGCAAUGAUAUUACGUCCAUAGUCCUCGCAGUCACUCUGACUCUGCUGGCUGGUUUCAUCAUCUCCGUCCUCCUCUUUAUGUUGAACAGGAAAUGCAGUCUAAAGAAUCUGUCACCAACGAUAAAUAAUGAUGCGGCUGACCUCGUUGACUGUCAAAUAGAUGGCACACGACAUGGCAGUGAUCUUUCCUUUGACAACAAGGUGUACGACCCUUCACCAAGUGAUGCCAGCGUGGUUUCAUCGGAUGCUUAGCCCGGAUUCAUACAACAGACAUAGAAACCACGCAGUUUGUAAAUAAUGCAACACAUGAGGAUAUUUUAACUUCGCUUUAUUACCUUGGUUGAUGUACACUUACUUGUAAAACAAAUUCAAAUUAUGCCAGUAUGCCCUCCUAAAUGUUGCACACUGCACCUUUAAUUUACACUUUAUACUUUUAAAUGUUUUUCAAAUACUGCCAAGCAAGCCAAAAAGAAAUAUCGUGCAAAACCUGUCAUUUGUGUAAUUCUUACUGCAGAGCCAGAGGAACACGUUCUCCUGUUCUCCCUCCUGAACAGAGGGUUGAAAAGUGGGAUUAUCAGUAUUAAUCGCCACUGUGAAUUCCUCUGGACCUUCCUUUCCUUUCAUGCCUCCAUAGGGUUUUCAUAUGUAAAUGAAAAACUGUGAGCCAUUCAAAUGCAAAUCGGAACAUUGAUAUAUGAGUACAUACACACAAACUGUUCAGAUGCUUGUUCGAAUGUUCUAAAAAUGUGUAAAUGUGUAAAGAACUUGUUGUUCUACUGAAGAGGCACAGCAUUACUUGUAUUCGCCUGGCCCAUUCCAACAAACAUCUUUGCUUAACUUGAAAUUUUAAUCAUUGAAAUUAACUUUAAAACACCCUAAAUUAUAUAUAAUAAUUGUUGUGGUUCUGGGCAGCCAUUUUGUUGUGUUGGCUUGCAUUCAUGCUAUAGUGUGCCUUGGAUAAAUCAUCAAAAAACAUUUUGUUACAGGGGACAUUGAUGUAUAAAUACAAAGUUAUCAAAAUCCUCAUCUGCCUGUGUCCUCAUCACCAUCUUCUCACUUAAACCUGCCCCACACUGAGGAUUUUUCAAAUCCUGGGAGACCAGAGACACAGUGAACUCCGUAACUGAUUUUUAAUGUUUAAAUCCUGAGAAAGCACAGACUAGAAGAUCCAGUCCAGACGCAGGACCACAUACUUGCUGUUUAAUCAAAUGAUUUCAGGGAGGAGAUUCCAGGGGAUUUGGGAUGUCACAGAAACUUGAGUGACUUAAUGUGACUUCAGCAUGUAAACAGACAUGGAGGUGGACUGUUGGCGUUGUCACUUAAUAGCUGUUGUGUGUGUGCAAUGUUUGUGAAAGGUGCUUCACAUAAAAUUAAGUAUUAUUAUUAUUACUACUAAGCAGAAUUGAAACAUUAGUGUCAUUAAUGAAACAUAACAUUCCCACAAAUUGAGCAUGUGUUGUGCAUGUGUGUUGUUUUUAAUUGUAGCCCAUGUAGAUCUGAACUAUGUUGACACUGAAAUGUUUUGAAAGAGCAUCUCCAGUCAAUUGUAAGAGUGUCAGCACAUCCAUAAUUAAAACCCUGGCACUGUGCCUGCUUGUAAGCAUGUUGUUAAAGAGCUUGAAUUACAAGUUAAGUCAAACAGGUGCUGGUGUUUGAAAUACAAUGUGAGCAGACAUUCCACUGCAUUUUGUUUAACUCUUACCUCACAGAGUGCAUUACAAUUGUCAGGUAUGUCUGUUUACUUUAGCAGUGUGAAGGCUUGGAAGGUGGAUGUUUGUACUUAACAGGACUAAAUAAAAAAAUGAGGCUCAUAAGCCACCCUCACUGAAUGAUUAUGAAAGUAUUAAGAAAAGAAACUAUGCUGUAAACACGUUAAAUUACAGUGAAACCAAACCUGAAUCACCAUUAAGUAGAAGAUGAAUGUAUGAAUGAAUAUCACAUUUUAAAACAGUUAGAUUAGCAUUAGAUGUAUGCACUUAACAGCAAGACAAAUUGUGCGAAUUUGGCUGUAAAUACAUGAAUAAAAACAAUUUGAAUUUCCCAUA